AUGGCUCAAUGGACGACGGUAGCUAUGAGCGGUUGGCAAGUGCGAAUGAUUGUCGAUCCUCUCGCCAAUCUUUUCCUCGACACCAGGUUCAAUCAUCUGCGCAAGCAAAUGUGUUGCCCAUCGCUGCCCUCUGUCGAAGCACAAACACCGCCAAGUCCCAAGAUAUAUGGAAGUGGAGUCGAAUUCCUUCGAAAAUGCGCCGAGCUGAACGUCAUGCCCAUUUCUUUGAUGAGCACAGACGGACAUUACUUUCGUUUCCGUUCGGCAACGCAGAAUGGGACAAUACCGCCUGAAGCUAAGGCAAAGAAAAAUCGGGCAAAAGUGAAUCAUUUGCGCUUCGACCAAAGAGUUCUGUGA